AUGGAUACUAUCGAAGAUGACAUGACACUCUCAUUCGAGAAGAAGGAACCCCUGUUGAGAAAUUUUAGCAAAUUUAUGUAUAAAAAGGGAUGGAAUUAUACAGAAAGUGGUCCCGAUGAGAGAGACCGUAAUUUACUUCUAGAAUUUGACGUUGUCAUCGAAGAAUUUUCGCGUUUGAAGAAGGAGGAUAUUAUAAUCGACAUUGCCAGUGAAACGGGUAAUGGAAUGGCCGACUAUAUGACAGAUGCAGCGCGUACUGUCGUCACCAAUGAAGAUUUUGAUCUAUAUUGUUAUUAUGUUGCUGGAUUGGUUGGUGUGGGUCUCAGUCGUAUAUUUGCCGUGAGUGGGUUGGAAAGCCCAGAGAUAGCAAAGGAGAUAAAAUAUCCGAAAGCCAUGGGGUUGUUCUUGCAAAAGACAAACAUUAUUCGAGAUUAUUUGGAUGAUGUCGGUAAUGGGCGCUAUUAUUGGCCAAAGGAAAUUUGGUCAAGAUACACAAACGAUUUGGCACUUCUUAAGGAACCAGGAUAUGAAACGGAGGGUAUUCAUUGCCUGUCGGAUGUUGUUGUCAAUACACUUCAGCACGUACCCGAUUGUUUGACGUAUAUGCACCGUUUGAGAAAUCCAAGUAUUUUCAAUUUUUGCGCUAUCCCUCAAGUCAUGGCAAUUGCUUCUUUAGCAUUGUUUUUUAGGAAUUACGACAUAUAUAGGAAAGUAGUCAAGAUUCGAAGGGUAGAAUCCAUCAAGUUAAUAUUGAAGUGCAAUAAUAUUUACGAGGUAGCGCAUACCUUUCGUCAAAAUAUUCGCGUAAUUAUUGCCAAGAAUGACCCGAGUGAUCCGAACUUUUUGAAAAUUAGUAUGGCUUGUGGUCAG